AGAGAUGGUCGAAGAGCUUGUACAGCGUAGGCCACUUCCCAAUCACGAUCUUAACUAUAUUGGAAACAGAAUGGCAAAAUGCUAAAUUAUUACCGCCUAUGAUUUCAAGGACAACAAAUUCACCAACAUAUAAAUGACUAAGCCAUUAGGUAACCCCUUACUGUAAGUUGUUGCUGCUUUUAAUUUGCAGGGCUCGCUCCCGUUUCGAGCCGCGCGCUCAUUCCAUCUUCAUGACAGGCAGUAGCACGCCGUAGUGGUUCCAUUGGAUUCAACUUUCACAUCUGGAUCAGUUUCUGUAGAGAGAAUUGUUUGAAAUUAAGCUACAUUACACCCUGUGUUCCAGGUGUAUGCAGCUAUGAGGCAUAGAGACAACAUUUUUCAUUGUCUGCUCAUCUGCUUCUCGCUAACGGUCCUCUGGCAAACGAGACCGGUGAUUGCUGAUCCUACAACAGAUGCCUUCAAGAACAACAUCACUCUGUUCACUCGGAUCCUCGACAGACUUCUAGAUGGCUAUGAUAAUCGCCUUCGGCCCGGCCUUGGUGAUCGCAUAACGGAGGUGAAUACCGAUGUCUAUGUCACCAGCUUUGGCCCAGUUUCAGACACGGACAUGGAAUACACCAUAGACGUGUUCUUCCGGCAAAGCUGGAAGGAUGAGCGGUUGAAAUUCGACGGCCCCAUGAACAUACUGCGGCUGAACAACCUGAUGGCCAGUAAAAUAUGGACCCCAGACACGUUCUUCCAUAACGGGAAGAAGUCGGUGGCUCACAACAUGACUAUGCCCAAUAAACUGCUGAGGAUUCAGGACGACGGCAAGCUGCUGUACACCAUGAGGUUGACAGUUCACGCAGAGUGUCCUAUGCAUCUGGAGGAUUUCCCAAUGGACUUCCACUCUUGUCCCCUGAAGUUUGGCAGCUAUGCCUACACAAUGUCAGAGGUCACCUACGUCUGGACCAAUAAAGCUGCAGACUCUGUGGUGGUGGAAGAAGAGAGCUCCCGUCUGAACCAAUAUGACCUGCUUGGCCAAACAGUGGGCCAAGAAACCAUUAAGUCCAGCACAGGUGAAUACACAGUCAUGACGGCACAUUUUCAUUUAAAGCGGAAGAUUGGCUACUUUGUGAUCCAGACCUACCUACCAUGCAUCAUGACCGUCAUCCUGUCCCAGGUGUCUUUCUGGCUGAACAGAGAGUCUGUACCGGCCAGGACUGUGUUUGGUGUGACCACGGUUCUGACCAUGACCACACUGAGUAUCAGCGCUCGCAACUCCCUUCCCAAGGUAGCCUACGCCACGGCCAUGGACUGGUUCAUCGCUGUCUGCUACGCCUUCGUCUUCUCCGCCCUCAUCGAGUUUGCCACCGUCAACUACUUCACAAAGCGCAGCUGGGCCUGGGAUGGGACGACCAUUGUCAACGACAAGAAAAAAGAGAAGGCCUCCGCUGUGAAGAAGAACAAUGCCUAUGCCGUGGCGGUGGCCAACUACGCCCCAAACAUCACCAAGGACUCCGGGUUGUCCACCAUCGCCAAGGGUGGCGCCACUGACGCCAACGCGGCGGCCCCUGGCAAGGGGGGUGGCAAAGCCGACCCGAAGAAGACAUUCAACAGCGUGAGCAAAAUCGACAGGAUCUCAAGGAUUAUGUUCCCGGUCCUAUUUAGCAGCUUCAACUUAGUCUACUGGGCCACGUACUUGAACAGAGAACCUCAUAUAAAGGAUAUGGUCCCCUCUACCUAAAGGCCUAGCCUUCCUGCAUUGUAUUAUAUCCGGAGUUUGGGACUUACAAACUACCAAAUACAGCUAGUAUCUGCUAACACAUGGUCCACUGGUGCAAGACACCCAAGCCCAGAGUUGAUGUGUCCCACACGUUGCCGUUUUUUCUACACAACUUUCUGCCGUCCUUUUGGAAAGAACUUGGCUUUGUACAUAUACACAUGGAUUUAUAUUCAUGACGUUUGUGAGUUUUGUGGUGAUAUAAUCAAUGAAAAAUGCAUUUAUUUGUGUGCUUAUUUUUCAUUGUCCAUUGAUGUCUCCAUGUUACGGAAGUGUAUGAACAUCAUUUUGAGACAUUUAUUUGCCGAAUAUCCAGACUUUGAAGUGUUUAGUUUUUUCAAUUUCAAUCAUUUUCGUAGGAUUGUUUUUCUGGGGAGUCAAUGUAAUCUUUUACAUUGACCAGUGAGAAAUUAUGGUAUGAAAUCAUCUUCUCCAAGCCAAAUGCAAAAAAUUAAUUAAGCUGGAAAAUCUUCAACAUUCCAACACAAAACUAGAUUUUUUUGCAUUUUGUCUAAAUAUAAUGCCAUUACACCAGUGUAUAACAAGUUGGUAACACUUUUUUUAUUGUACAUUCUACAUGGAAGCCGUAUGCCGUUUUCCACAUGCAAAACAGCACAAACUUGUGAAAGAAAACAGUCACAUGAAACACAACUAAGUGUUAUUCAUGGUUUAUGUUGUAACCUUUAUUUAACAAUGUCUAGUUCUUGUUAGACUUGGUAGUUUGGUUCACCAGUUUUCCCUUCAUUUUCUGCUAAGUUGGUGCCAAAACAUUUUCAGACUGAAACCUCAGGACUUAGAGUACUGCUAAAUAACAAUGACUGAGCAAAGUGAGGUGCAGAAACACAGGUCUACAAAAACGUUUUUCCAUGUGUUGAAAAAAUGUAAACUAUCUACUCAUUUUGUUGCGCUUGAUCUGCAUAAGGGUGUUAAAAUGUAAAAACACUGUACAAGUAUCAUCUGAGUUCAAACAAGCUAACAAGCUGUCUAGGUAGUGCCAGGUAUGAACUACCAAUCCAGUAUGAGUUUGAAGCUAUGAAGACCUUUUGAUUGGUUACUUCCACAGCAGCAUCAGCUCAUAAUUGCUGAACUUUUGACCCGCCCUCUCGCUCACCAUACGGUCCUCCCCCAACCCUGCCUCCAACUGUAUUCCUUCCAAUGAUAAUGUAGAGGAGGCGGUGCAACUGUAUCAUGGUUGUUAGGCUCGCGGGGUCGGUAAACAGAGUUGAUCUGUUAGUAAGGGACCAUAGGAAUGUGCCCUUCCUUAAGAAUGUGGCCACAUCCACGCAUACAUGUAGUCCACAGUGGCAGAUCUGGUCACAGAUAAUCAACACUGAUGGCUGUUAACUGUCUACAUAUCAAGGCGGGGCUCAGCACCAACACCUGGUUACUGCCAACUUGUCAUAAAUAGAUGAACGGAUGGAUGGAAAGAUUGGUUGGCGAGACUGGAGUAGAUUAAAGCUUUCCUAGGAUGUUCUAACUGCAGCAAGCCAAGGGGAUAAUGUUGGAAAUGCAGUUAAAGGUAAAGUUCCCAGAGAAGCCAUAAAAGGCAUGUUUUGGAUAGUAAAUGUUUAGGGACUUGUGUCAUUCAGUGUCAUCAUCAUCAUUAUUGUGCUUUUUCUUUUAUGGCUCAUUAAUACGAUGCUCCAAUGGUGCUAGCCUCCUUGAACACUGAGAUCCCACUGCUCCAUUUGGGGGGAAACCAAAUUAGAAUGUACUCAUCAUUUCCGACCUUGAUCCCAUGGGCUUGUGGAAUGUGUUAAUUGGCUAACGUGUCCAUCCGCACCUUUUAAAAGAACAACUGAAACUUUUGUCUGUGAGAACAGAUGGAUAAAUCCGCCACUCCAAAUCGAAACAUGUUAGAAAUCACAGUAACAUCAACAUUCCUUUUGUGGCGACACCGUAAGUCAGUGUUGUCGUAUUUCACAGUUAUGUGGUAGUUCAUCACAGAGCCUAUGGACCAAUCACCCACAAGUGCUUCAAAAACAGAACUGGACCAGUAUUUACACUUUAUUAUUGCAAUUGUAUACCUUUAUAUGAAGUCAUAUUCUGUAUCUACAUUUUUCAUAAGUGUAUGUGUUAAAUAGGAACAUUUUCUGAACAUUCCGAACAUCAUUUGUUUUCAGUGGUUCAGUACUAGCUCCAGGUGUCUUCUAAACAGAUCAUCAGGAAUUAACUAAUAGUGGUGAAUGGAUUCCUAUCAUCAUUACAGGUGUUGACAUGCAACAUUUAGGUUUACAGGUUUGUUAUUUACCUUACAAUAAAGCAUUUUGCAAAAAGUUUGACUUUGUGUACACACAAUGUAAAAA